CAAGUUGUUUUGUAGUUAGCUUCUUGUUUACGCUAUUUCCGAAGCACAAAACACCCGAUCUCGUCUACCUGAUUCUAAGCCCAAAAACUUGUGAUUGUUCAUGCAGGGUGACCGCUACCGAGAUGACCAGCGUCGAGAUGACCGCCGUCGUGAUGAAGACAGAAGAAGAGAUGAUCGUGAAUAUCACUCUAGUUCUCGCAGCUCGAAGACAUCUCGUUCGGAUUCCAGAGAUGAUUCGCGGAGGAAACGCCGGUCCAGCUCCGGUGAUUAUGAUAUCGAAGCUGAACGCCGCCGGAUAGCUGAAUCUAACGCGAGGAUUGAACGUCAACAACGUAAAGACCGAGUGAGUUACGAAGCAUGAACAUCAACCCUGAUUUAGUUUGUUUUGGUUUGCGUUGAAAAUCAAAAACUUUGAACUUACAUAUAUGUUUUAUUGGGUAUUCAGGAACGAGAAGAAGAAAGCAAACGUCGAAAGAAAGCUGAGAAUCGUAAACAGCGUAAGGUAAGUUCUAAACCUGAAUCUAAACCCGAGUCUAAAUCUAAAAAGAAAAGCGUUACCGAGCCCGAUUCAAAAUCUAAAUCCAAAAAGAAAAGUAAAGCGCCUAAGUCUAAACCUGAUUCAAGUACAAGUACGAACACCGCCCCUCCACCCCCGAUUAAUCCGCCUGUGCAAAACGAACCAGCGAAGAAAAAGAAAAAGAAGAAGAAGAAACCAUCUGAUAAAACUUCCGAAGCAAAUACAGCAUCCCAACAACCGUCGAACCGCUCGUUAAAUAUAGAAACGAUUAGCAACCUGAGUGAACCGAGCGUCUCAACGCAGCAACCUGAACCGACUAGUCAACCUGCACCGACUCAUCAACCUGAAUACGUUGAAGUUACUCCUGAAUUACGUUCAAUAAUUAAUGUUCCUGAAAACGCUACGAAUUUGGAAAAGGAAGACCUACUUGGACGUUUGACUAGCCUGAGUGUUUUGGGACAACAAGCUGCGACGAUGCUGAAUAAUCUGAAACGAAAAGCUGAACCCGAAUCCGUACCUGAACCCCGAAUUUUGAAGAAAAGAGCUCCAACUCCGAAACCAUCCGUUAGCGACGCUAGUGAUAAUGAAGUCAGCGGAAAUGAAAAGAAUGAGAAGUCGAACUCAGAAGAGAGUUCAGAUAGCUCGGAUGAAGAAGAAGACGAAGAGAAAGAUGAUAGCUCCGACUCGGAUUCUGAUUCAGAUUCUGACUCGAGCUCCGACGACGAAAGCGAUAAUGACAAAGGAGGGAGCGGAGCGGGUGGAACUAGCAACCACUCCUCCCCUUCUGACUCACCUCCCGAACCGCCGAAGCAGAAAGAAAAGACAAAGGAAAAGUCAAAGGAGAAGAAGAAGACGAAAUCAAAGAAAAAGAAGAAAAAUCAAUCGUUUAACCCGAAUAUGUUUCGAAGCCAGCAUGAAUCACGAACGAUUCUUACCAAAACUACCCGAAUUGAUACUUGGUAUAAGAUGCUGGAAAUGGAUGCGAAAAUCUAUCAGAUCGAUAUACACAAACGGAAAACCGAAAAGAAAGCUGCUAAGAUCGAAGAAGAACAGCUGAUGAACCUCGUAUUGCACAGGCUGGACCCCCACUACCUACCCCGAGUAACUUGUAUCUCUCCAGUUGAGAAAGUAAUUGAAAAAUUGUUUGAGAUAAGGCGAACCGAACGCAACGUGAGUCGUUCAUCGGUAAAGUCUGAGUUCAACAAACUCACUCUCGUAAGAGGUGAAAAGUUGGACGAUUUCUUCAACCGAUUGGACGAGCUAUUACUUGAUUAUAAAAUGCAAACCAAAUCCGAAAUACCCGAAUCUGAUGUCUACGAUCGUUUAGUUGAGGCAACUGAAAAUAUUUACCCGAACGUUAAGACAAUUUUAAAAGCCCGAGGCUCGAAUCAACCUUCCAUACCUGACCUGAAAAUUCUAUUGUUGCAGGAAGAAUCCGAAAAAUACCGGAAGCCGGAAGAGGCAAACCUGGCGUAUUACCGAAACCCGAAUCCCCGACCGGCUCCACCGUUCAACGCUGCCCACGUAGCCCGACCGCCGCCGCAUAAUUGUUACAAUUGCAGCAGUCCGCAUCAUUAUGUUUGGGAAUGCCCGGACUGGGACAAAGGCCCGAGAUGCUUCAAAUGCGGAGAGUGGGGACACCGAAGCAAGGAAUGCCCGAACGAAUACAGGGAUUAUAGAUCAGAGUUCGAGAUGCCCGACGAUUUGUUGGGGUUAUAUCGCGCAGGUAUGAUCUCAGCUGAACGGAUGGUUGGCUUGAAGAAAAAGCGCGACGCUAUGCCCGACUACCCGAAUAAUAAUAAAUCGUCACAUCAUCGUGAUCAGUAUUAUGACGAAAAUUCCCGACAUCACGACGAUCAUUCCAGGCAUCGAAAUCGCGACUACGAUUCUGAUAAUCGACGUUCCCGAUUUUCACCCGACAGACGCGAUCAACGCCGCGAAGACCGCCGAUCACCGAAUCACAACCCUGAUAACGUGAAAGUCACCCAUCAGCAAGCGCCAGCGCCGGAAGUGACACCACCCGAACAAGCGUUACAAGCGCUGAGCCUGAACAAACCUGAACCGAUGGAGACCAGUGAAAGUGAUCCGUAUAUGGAUUUUCUCCAGAUUGAGUUCCCGAAGUUGCCAGUGAACGAGAUGAGCCCAACGGCGAUAGCUGAAGUUCACAAUAAAAUUCACCAGCUCGAACAUUGGCUAUCGUGUUUGAAAAAGAGUCUGGAUUUACGUGUCCAGAUGCUAAAUGUCGAAGAGGAAGCUGCGCGUGAAGUUAUUCCGUUAUUUCCAUCCAAUAACCCGAUCCCGAUUCCGUUGAUGGACGCUUUAGGGCCGGUUAUUUUGAACCACCCUCCCGUACCGCCCCCGACUAGUCACACCAGCGGCUCAAGCACGAAAACGACACCAGAAAAACGGCAACCGACUAAAGCCGAAUUGAAAGACGACGAGCCGUUUGUACAGAAAUCAGCGAAGAAAUUUACCGAGCCAAAACCUGAUGCCGGAAGAACACCGCUAAAGAAAUUCGCGGACAAUACGUUCAACCCGAAGGCUGAGGCGAAAACACCAGCAAAAACUGAUUCGCAACCGAAAACUGGACCUGAAUUUAGGAAGAGUACACGACCGCGCCGAAUUACGCCGCCCUUUCCGAACCGGAAUUUCCCGAUUCAUCCGAAUGGUUUUAAACCUAUGCCGAGGGUGUCUGGUACGUUCAUACGUCCGCCGACGCAGACGGUUAGAAUCGAGGAUUUGGACAUCACAACGUCUACGCCGAAUACGACGACGACCGCACCGAGUUCCACAACGCAGAACGUUGUCUCAUCAACAACGCCUCACGUUAACGCGUUGGGAAACCCAGUUGAUCCGCCGCGCCCGACUACACCGCCGCAGUUACAUGCGAACCUGAGACAGACUGUGGAAAUCCCGAGUGAAGAAGACUGGACGCAGGAAGCGUAUAACGCAGAUGCUCAACCGAUUCGUCGUUCCCGAGCGAAUUAUCGCAGCGUGUCAUUCACACAUGUUCAGAAGACGAUGACAGACAACAUUCCCGUCCUGACUGCGCAGCGUGAAAUUUUGGAUGCCAAAAUUAUUCAACCCGGAUCAGAAGGCGCCGACGACGGAAUCUCUGUCUUGUCGUUGGAAGAAACGGCGUUUAUUUUCUCGCAAACCGAAGAGCUGGAGCAAGCGAUUGCUGUUUGCAGACAAGUGGAAGGAGAUCCUGGAGAUUUAGACAUGGUGUUGAGUGCACUAGAGUUUAUGUUACGAUUAUCCCGAGUUCAUAACCUGACGCUGAAAGAGAUCCCGCAAAGAACGUACGAUAUUUUGCGCGUAGAACGGAUGAUAAUCGCCGAACAGAAACGCCAUAAGGCGAAAGCAGCGAAAAAGCGCAACAAGGCACAUAAGAAAGCUGCCGCAGAGUUCGACGAAGGCGUUUGCGAAGAUUACAUAUCGAGCGCCGAAUCCGACUCCGAUAAGGAUAAUCCUCCGGAUAGACCUUUGGGAAAUCACCCGCUUUUAGAACAAGCAUAUCCGAGAGACUGAAUUUGUUUUUGCCCGAUUUAUUUUUCCUGAUUCUAUUUGCUGUUUAUUAUUAGUAUUUUGUGUUUGAUUACCUGAAGAUAAAUUUUGUGAUUUGUUGUUAUACUUGUUACCUGACUUUAUUAUUUAAGCUGUAAAUACGUUGUUUAAGCGCUAUCGAGCGCAGGGAGGGAGUGUUGGUGGCCGCUAGGCUGCGCUCCCUACCGCUUAGUAUUAUUCGUUUACUUGCUCUGUGUAAACCAGGCCUUAUGCCUACUACGUGCGUCUCGCGGUUACUCGACUCACCGCACUUGCUGUUUGUUCGUUGUAUGUGAAUAAUGUCAAUUUGGUGUUCCUACUGAUUUUUGCUAAUUACGAGUUGUUUGUUUUAUUUGAAUAUAUUAUUUGUUUCUCUAUUUCAAUCACUCGUCGACUUUCAUUUAUUUCGUCAUAUUUGAAGUGGCUGCUGUUACC